GCACACAGAACGGCGCGCUUCUUGAUAAAGAGUCGGGAAUUGCUUUGAAUUUGUUUUUACAACUGAUUUAAAAUAUUGAGUAUGGAGCUGGUGAAGCGUGGGUUUCUCCGCGCCUGUAAGAACCACAGCUACCUAAGCUAUGAGCUGAUCGAUAACAUCCUGGUCCCGCUGUGCGCCCGUCACAAGGUGUUGAAACCUUCCAGCAAGGAGGCCAUCAAGGCAUUCGUAAGUGAAAUAAACGACUCCAUCCAAGAUUUGGGACAGUCGCUGGUCUUCAUCAAGUAUCCGAUAAAGGCCGAGGAAUACUUGGUGUACUCCAAGACGGACGCCACUCCCGAUAGUGUCGCAAACACAGGUCUUUCUGCCGAGGAGUGCCAGUACUUCUCCAAAUUGCUCGACAAGAUUGCCGCCGAGGUGGACUGCCACAUCCCCUGGAAUGCCGCCUACAACGAGCUCUUCCUUCAAAGCACUGCAAAGCCGCUGAAGAAGAGCCGCAUGCAGGAUCUUUUGCAUAAGUGGGCUCAAAUGGGAUACUUUAUGGAGCUGGACGAGAGAAUUUACCUGGGCCCACGUAGCCUCGUCGAGCUGAGUUUCUACUUGAGCACCAAUCACUCCGAGAACAUUAAAAACUGCAUGCUCUGCAAGUGCCUGGUGUUGUGGGACACUCGCUGCGCAUCCUGCCACAUCCAGUUCCACCGCGAGUGCAUCCACACAUAUCUUCAGCGGCGCGAUAUUUGCCCAUCCUGCGGCAAUCUCUGGACAACGCCUUUAAGACGCUCCACUAGUUUAUCUCAAUAAAUAAACGAUUUUUGGUUUCGAUUUUCAAUAGUAUGUAAUCAAAAUCAAACAACGAUUUACCAAGAACCCCCGUUGUUCAAUAAGCGGUAUAUAGUAACCUUACUAUGCAGAAACAAAAUUAUUAAACCUAAUUUAUUUAUAUAUUUAUUUAAAUUGUUCUUUUGGUUUAGUCGCUGGAACUCGAUUAAAAUGAUAAUAUUAAAAAACUUGAACUUAGUGGUUCAAAUCAACAACG